CGCCGCUCCCGCCCCAGCCCCCCCCACUCUCCGCUCUCGGGAGCGAGGAGCCGCCAGCGCCCCCGCCCCGCCGCCGCCGCAGCGCCCUCGGCCGCCAUUCGGCACCCGAAACUUUCCAGCGCCCGCGCCUCUCGGGGACUCGCGGCGGCGGGGCGGGGGCGGCCCGGGGGCGGCGCGAGGCUGCUCCGGGGCGCCGGGCCCUCCUCGGCCGCGGCACGGCCCGGGCUCGGCGACGGCCGGCGGCAGGGAGGCUCGGAGCGCGGCGGCGCCGCCACAAGUUGCGCUGCCGGCGGCGAGGGUGUGGCGUGUCCGGAGCCCAGAGUGUCUUUGUGAUCCGCCAGUGGAGCUGAGGCCUGUGUGAUUGGCCCGGCGCAGGUAACCGAAGACAGAAAGCGGGCCUCAAAAUAAACCCUCGAAGGAAGAAGGGAUUUGCCUACAUUUGGCUCUGAGUCCUGGCGGCCGGUUGGCAGUUUAUCUGAUCGGAUGCUGGGGAGCUCACUGGUCCCGAGGUCUACACAUGAAGUCACCGUAAAGAGGGCGGCUCCCGCAUCGUAAAGACCUCGUCUCCGCGAGGUGAGGCUAAGAUGAGCAUAACCAGCGACGAGGUGAACUUCCUGGUGUAUCGCUACCUCCAGGAGUCAGGUUUUUCCCACUCGGCGUUCACGUUCGGUAUUGAGAGCCACAUCAGCCAGUCCAACAUCAAUGGGACGCUAGUGCCGCCAGCUGCCCUCAUCUCCAUCCUGCAGAAGGGACUUCAGUAUGUGGAGGCCGAGAUCAGCAUCAAUGAGGAUGGCACGGUGUUCGACGGCCGCCCCAUAGAGUCCCUGUCCCUGAUCGACGCGGUGAUGCCCGACGUGGUGCAGACGCGGCAGCAGGCCUUCCGGGAGAAGCUCGCUCAGCAGCAGGCCAGUGCGGCGGCCGCGGCCGCGGCGGCCGCGGCCGCGGCGGCCACGACGGCCACGGCGGCCCCGACAGCCGUUGCUCAGCAACAUCCACCAAAGAACGGAGAGGCCACGGUGAACGGGGAGGAGAACGGAGCCCACGCGAUAAAUAAUCAUUCGAAACCAAUGGAAAUAGACGGGGACGUUGAGAUUCCACCCAACAAAGCCACAGUCCUUCGGGGCCACGAGUCCGAGGUGUUCAUUUGUGCCUGGAACCCCGUCAGCGAUCUCCUAGCUUCAGGAUCCGGAGACUCAACGGCAAGGAUAUGGAACCUUAACGAAAACAGCAACGGGGGCUCCACGCAGCUCGUGUUGAGGCACUGUAUACGAGAAGGGGGCCAUGACGUCCCCAGUAAUAAAGACGUGACCUCCCUGGACUGGAACAGCGACGGGACGCUGUUGGCCACAGGCUCCUAUGAUGGUUUUGCGAGAAUAUGGACGGAAGAUGGCAACCUGGCCAGCACCUUAGGGCAACACAAAGGCCCCAUCUUUGCCUUGAAAUGGAACAAAAAGGGGAAUUACAUUUUGAGUGCUGGUGUAGACAAAACAACAAUUAUUUGGGACGCCCACACAGGAGAAGCCAAACAACAGUUUCCGUUUCAUUCCGCCCCUGCUCUCGACGUAGACUGGCAGAACAACACUACCUUUGCCUCCUGUAGCACAGACAUGUGUAUUCACGUCUGCAGACUCGGCUGCGACCGCCCCGUCAAAACCUUCCAAGGACACACGAACGAGGUGAACGCCAUCAAAUGGGAUCCUUCUGGAAUGCUGCUAGCGUCCUGCUCUGAUGACAUGACAUUAAAGAUCUGGAGUAUGAAGCAGGAUACGUGUGUCCAUGACCUUCAGGCCCACAGCAAAGAGAUCUACACCAUAAAGUGGAGUCCCACCGGGCCAGCCACCAGCAACCCAAAUUCCAACAUCAUGCUAGCAAGCGCUUCGUUCGAUUCUACGGUCCGACUGUGGGAUGUGGAGCGAGGCGUCUGCGUCCACACGCUAACCAAGCAUCAGGAGCCUGUCUACAGCGUAGCUUUUAGCCCUGACGGGAAAUAUUUGGCCAGUGGCUCCUUCGAUAAGUGCGUGCAUAUCUGGAAUACUCAGAGUGGAAGUCUUGUCCACAGCUACCGAGGCACUGGCGGCAUCUUCGAGGUGUGCUGGAAUGCCCGAGGGGACAAAGUGGGUGCCAGCGCGUCCGAUGGCUCUGUGUGUGUUUUAGAUCUCCGAAAGUAAACACAAACUAUUCUAGAAGAGAAUUCUAACGGACCAGCAGUGAAUGUGUGAAGCAGCAAUGCUCAGACACCGUUCUUUCCGCUCCAAAACUGUACGAACUUGACUUGCAUUAGAGUGUACUUGGAAAUCAGUUCAUCCUGGCCACAGGAGUCUCUACUUUCUCGUAAUCUUCAUCAAGAAGUUUAAAACAGAAACAUACACAGUCAUAUCAAAGGGGGAAGGAAUGGUUUCCACCCAGAACAUUCAGCCUGGGAAGCAUGGAGCCACCGGCUAGGCGGGGGCGCGGUUUGCUUUCCAUCCAGAACAGGCUCUGAUAGUUGAGAGGAGAAAAGACGAAGAGGAGAAAAAAGAAAACAAACAAAAAAAGCUGUGCCAAAAAAGAAAAGAAAAAAGAAAAAUGCUGUGAUAAAACCAAGAGUGGGGGAGGGGACUCUCCUCCACGUGGUGGGUUCGUUUUUUCCCCCUAACAAUUUGGACACUGCACUUGCUCUCACAAAGGAUGUUCAAAGACCAGUUUGUACCGAUGAAACGCGCAACUUUGUAAUCCCAACACUUUCUAUUUUCUAGAAUCUUCUUUGUCCGGUGGUUUUUCUAUUGGCUGGAAUCCUGUCGUCCGGGGGCCUUCGGUCUGAGAUGGAAACUGGUUUUGGUUUGUUGCUUCCUUCCCACUGUGUGCCCCCUCCACCUCUCCUUCGUGCGGUGUGGUGUUGGUUUGAGUACGCCUUCCGUAGACGCAGCCUCGUGGACACCAUGCCAGAAUCUCUGACGGUCGGCUUUCCCGUCCCUUCGUCCUCCCCUCCGCCCUUCCUCCCUCUCCCUCACCGCCCCUCGCUCACUCGCUGUCCCUUUCUCAUAGUUGCUUCGGAUCUUCGGUCUCAAGGGCACUUUCGGCGCAUAAUAAGUGCUUUAUGUAAGAAGGCAGGGCACGGGGACUUUUUACGGGAGAAAAAAAAAAAAAUACUUAUAAGAGAAAGAGCCCGGAGUAUUUUUGGAAAAAAAAAAUAUUUUUAUGUUAAAACAAUUUUAAAAUCCUAAAAUGGCCAUCAGACACAGAGAGCUUUGUGUGAUUCAUAUUUUAAGCAAAUCUUAGGAGGACACAGGCAGGGUCUGAGGUGGCCUUUCCGUUCCCUGCAGCAUCGUGAAAGGCGGUUAGGAAUCUGGGUGGAAAAGUCUGGGUGGGUCCUGGGGGUCGGCGGGGGGGGGGAUGCUUCUGCAGCGAGAGACGCAAAUCCCGGCGCUUUUUGCUUCAAAGAAGAGUGUCGCAUCGUUUUGGGGUGUUCACCCUCGUAGCCGGCACGAGAGGAGUCGAGAACAGUGCCCUCUGACCCCAGGAAGCAUUUCCCAAACCAAAUGGAAUUGAAGAAGCCAUCCACACUGACAGCUGGGCUCCCUGUCACCUGUUAGCGACCUCUUGUUCACGGCGCUCUGAGUACCCACGGCCGCUUCACCGAGAGCGGUUGACCGGUCCUGGCACAGCUCACCUAAAAGCCUCCGGGAUCUCACCCGGUGUGAUAGUGACAGAAACGAACGGGAAAGGGAGACUCUCAGUCCUGAAGGUGAAUUACGUAGGUAGGACAUCACUAAUAAUUUCUGCCGUCUUCAUCAUUUCUUUCUCUCACAAGAGACCAGGAGAAAGAAUUUUUUUUUUUAAUAAUGAAUCUUUUUACUGUUUUUAAAAAAUUAAACAUGGCUUUGUGUUCCUAGAGGAGUUUCCUUUCAUUGGAUCAGGUGCCCUUUGUACUCUCGUCCUAACCCGACACUGACCUGUUUUUUACAUUAGCAUCGGGGAAGGAGCGAAAGAUGGGGCCUCUUCUCUCCUCUGUUUCCCAGCGGGCAUACGAAGGGGCGAGGAAGCUGGUCAGGCCCGGGGGCAGGGGUGCCGGUCGGGGGCAGGCUUCGGCUGGGUGCGCGUCCCAGCAGUGAGACAGGGUGUCGUUUGGAGGG